GCGUCAAAGGGAAACUCUAUCAAAGACACCCACCUACUUUCCUUCACCCAACUUCUACAACAACAGGAUGAGCAGAAGCCUUCGGCCUUGAAUUCCGAAAGAUCUGCGACCAGAUAAUUAAUUCCAUUGCCUCUCACAUGCAGCUCCAGCAGGUCCUCGUAGAGCUCCCCAUCCGUCGCAGCUUCUGUUGAACCUUGAAAAAGCCACCCACAAUGACUUCGCCUGCGCUCUCGGUCGAGCAACAGAUAAAGCAACUCGACGAUGCGAGGAAGCUGGUCCUGAGUGAUGCAAACUACUACCCGCAAAUCAUACAAGGCAUUCUGCCGAUUGUAGCUCCGCCUGCGAGAGUCGAGCUCAGGAGAUGGGUUGCGGAGUUCCUGGCCGAGACGUUUGCCAGUCCGAGUAUUGCGCUGAGUCAGAAGGAGACACUGAGCUUGAUUGUUUUGGAGACACUCAGGGCUUUGAUUGAGAAUCCGAGCGAGGAUGCGGCGGUUGUGAAGAGUGUGGUGCAGACGGCGGCCAGUGUAUAUCCCUUGGUCUUUAGGUGGAUUAUCAACAACCCAUAUGAUACCCUGACCUGGGAACGGAUGCUUGCGAUCAAGUCGAGGAUAUUUCGGAUAUGGGAUAGUGCUGCUCCUGGUGUACGAAUAUGCUGCAUCAAGUUUGCCCAGCGGGUUGUGUUAGUCCAAACGAAAGGCCCUGAUUCUGAUCCAAGGCGCGGUGAUCCACUCGAGGUUUCUCUCUCUAUGGUACCACCAGAUCACAAACUUAUACCCCCGAAGAGCCUUGAAGCAGAAGCCUCGGGAUUACUGGACAGAAUGUUGGCAGUCUUUCAAGAAAACAUCAGCGAUGCUGUGCUUGUUGAUGCCACUUUAAACUCCCUCUCCAUUCUAAUCCGUGCCCGGCCCCAUAUUGCCAACAAGAUCUUGAAUGUUAUCAUGAAUUUCAACCCCUUGAAGCAAGCCAACUCCCCCAUGACACCCAAACUUCGCGUGAUGGUCAAAUCUAUGGAAAAGACUACGCGAUCAUUGCUUGUACACAUCUUGAAGCGGGACCCACAAAACCCCCUGGGACCACGCAUCCAACAGUACGUCGAACGAAUGAUGAGAUCAAGAGCAGAUAUCUUUGAUGAAGCAAGUCGAAAACGGGGACCUCCAGAGCCUACAGAUGGUCUGGAUCCGGCGAAACGACAAAAGCUUGGAGCCCAAGUGGCAAAUGCAGCACCGAAGUUCUACGUUCCUCCUAUGACGCCGGGCCCUCAUUCUAUUGCGGAGCUCUUUACUGUAACGGGCGACGAAGCACUGAAGGCCUUUGAUGUAUCAAUGUUGUCAGAAAACUUGGUUGUCAAGAUUGGCAUCACGAUCUUGCAAAGAAUAGAUGCGGAUACUCUGAAUCAAGCAAUUGAUGGCAUACGUCAACGAUACAAAUCAUUAGGGGCUUCGCAGCCAGAACUCCUGAAUCCUGAAACUGCACCUCUAGGUGUGGACGAGGACGAUGAUGAUUACGAACCUGAUUUCUCCACGGCAGAAACCGAGGAGCAAAUCCUGAACAAACUUGACCUCAUUUCUCCUGAAGUGGAGAAGGUAUCUGCUCCAAAUAUGGCAUUAGGGCACUUCACCCUCCCACAACCGCCACCCUUAACCAACUCACAAGCCGCCGAAGUUGGGCAAGGAACAGUAUCAAGAGUAUUCGGUGUUAUGCAAACAUUGGAAGAGAAGAUCAAGAAGACAAAAGGAGGCAUUAACAGGUUGGCAGCCAGCUCGUUUGACAGAGAUGCCUGGAUCACCAUCCUCACCCGACUAGCAACACGUACCUGCACCGGCCUUGAAGGCGCAGAGGAGGAGAUCAAAGCUGAACCGAGCGAAUCAGAGCAACAGUCUCUCGCCAACAUGAUCCGCGAAUCACUUUUCCUGUACAUCCUAGAAGAUUUCCGAAAACGGAUCGAUAUUGCCAUUGCAUGGCUGUGCGAGGAAUGGUAUAACGACAAAGUCCAAAUGAAAGUCAGCGGAAAUGUCGUCUUGCAUUAUGAGAAAUGGGUUCUCAAGAUCAUGGAUGGCAUGCUACCAUAUCUCGAUGCGUCGGACAGGAAUGUCUUGGUGAGAUUCGUUAGCGAGAUUCCUGGUUUGAGCCCGGAAGUUCUGGGGAGGUUGAAGGGACUGUGCAGAGACCCGGCUACCGUUACGAUCGCGUUAACGAGUCUUCUAUUUCUGACAAUGCAGAAGCCGCCGGCGAAGAAAAUGGUGUUGGGUGUGGUGGAGGAGAUUUGGGAUACUUAUGAGGAUGCGAGGCCCUUCACAUUGAAGCUCUUCGUGAAAUAUAUUCCAGGGUUAGGAGAAAGGGGAAAAGUUGAAGAUGACGAGAAGAGGACCAAUGGCAUGGAGGCUAUUGCUGCAUGAGCUUGACAAUGCGAUUCAGUUCUGGGGAUGGAUAUGAUAAACUUGAUGUGUACUUUAGCUUGGAAGCAUGAGCAUUCAUUGGGUGGCGCAUUGGGGUUUAUCAUGGUGCUUAUGCGGGCAGGCAAAAGUUCUUUUGAUGCUUGGUGGCUGCAUUGGCUGGAGAGACGAUACGAUUUGUAUUAGUGGACGAAAGAGAUGCAUCAAGACACCAGCAGGAAUAAACGAGAACAUUCUUGCGAAUCAGCUAAGCUCUGCAAUGGCGUGGAGACUAAAAAACUCCUUCAGAAAAGAUGCAAACUGUGG